ACCACAGAUAUCAGUGCCACCCACAAACGCAUCCUCCGCCAGCCGCUCUAUCCUCUCUGGCGGCUGAUGUCUGUGACUCGAGUUCCGCAGUCUGCAGUAAUUGGGUCCAGGUGGUGCCGAGCGGCUGCAGCUGGUGAUCAUGCAAAAGCUAAUCCGCCCGCUUUUCCUGCAGAACCGGAUCGGGAGCCCGGCACAGGUUUUUGGUGUUGCAGGGAGCAGUCGGAGAGGCAAAGCUUGUGAUUGUCCCCCCCCUGCCAAGUACGGAGGCCGGCACACGGUCACCAUGAUCCCGGGCGAUGGGAUUGGGCCGGAGCUGCUCCGCCACGUCCAGGAGGUGUUCCGGUACUCUUGUGUGCCCGUGGAUUUCGAGGUGGUUCACGUGAACUCUGCCAUGACGGAGGAGGAUGACAUCAACAACGCUAUCACAGCCAUCCGACGCAAUAGAGUGGCACUGAAGGGAAACAUUGAAACGAACCACACCAUGCCCCCCUCGCACAAAUCGAGGAACAACCUUCUCCGCACUAGUCUGGACCUGUACGCCAAUGUGAUUCACUGCCAGAGUCUGCCGGGCGUGCAGACGAGACACAGAGACAUCGACAUCAUGAUCAUCCGAGAGAAUACAGAGGGAGAGUACAGCAGCCUGGAGCACGAGAGCGUCCCUGGCGUGGUGGAGAGUCUCAAGAUCAUCACGAAGUCGAACUCUCUGCGCAUCGCGGACUACGCCUUCCGUCUGGCGAGGGAGAAAGGCAGGAAGAGGGUGACCGGCGUGCACAAAGCGAACAUCAUGAAGCUGGGUGACGGACUCUUCCUGCAGUGCUGUAAAGAGGUGGCUUCUGGGUAUCCAGACAUCGUCUUCGACAGCAUGAUCGUUGACAACACCACCAUGCAGCUGGUCUCUAAGCCCCAGCAGUUUGAUGUCAUGGUGAUGCCCAAUCUCUAUGGUAACGUGGUCAGCAACGUGUGCGCGGGGCUGGUGGGGGGGCCCGGCCUGGUCCCGGGAGCCAACUUGGGGCGAGACUACGCCGUCUUCGAAACGGCCACUAGGAACACGGGGAAGAGCAUCGCCAACAAGAACACAGCCAACCCCACCGCCAUGCUGCUGGCCAGCUGUAUGAUGCUGGAUCACCUGCAACUUCACGAAGUGAUGCACACGGCUGAUAUUGGGGGCCAGGGCACCACGUCCGAGGUGGUUCAGAGCAUCAUGAGGUUGAUGCAGGGCGCCUCUCUGCGCAGCGCGGCCGCUUUCUGAGUCCCGCCGCGGGGCCAGUUUCAUCCUCCAGAAGAACUCUCUGCCUGGCAGUGAAAGGGUUAAGUCCGAUCACGCUGCUCUCCGGAGUUGUGCCCGACAGGCGCGCCCCGAGUUUUAAACGCCUCCUCUUGUUUCUGACCGCGCAUGCUUUGCUGUAAAACGCGUCCAAACGUUUGUCUGUCUGUUUUGUAAAGUCCUGACGUGCCGUUCUCCCUUCUAUCCCAUAAUAAACCUCCUUUCCAAAAGUCA